UUUCAAAUCAACGUCAAUGAUUCCUCAUACAUCAAUUAUUUACGUGAUGUGAAACAUUUUGGACGCGUAUGUAUAGAAAAAUGAUGAAACUGAAUAUAAUUCUUCUAGCUACAAUAUCGAUGGUUCAUAGUUUCUACCACAUUCCAUCUAUGAAACAGUUCAGUCCGCAAAUACCAUUGAAGGAAGAUGCUCUUUUUGGAUACAGCAUCGCUUACCAAGCUUCUACCAAAAGGUGGUUUAUAAGUGCUCCGAGAGCAGACCACAUUGGAAAAGUCUUUACUAUGGAUGAAAAUGGAAAUAUGACUAAAAUCUCAUUUGACAUAGAAAACUUGAACAUAUCUGCGAAACACAACCUCUGGCUUGGUGCGACUGUGAGGGCUACGAACGCUUUCUUUGUGACAUGCGCACCACGAUAUUGGGAAAUGAAGUUUCCAUCAUGGAAAGAUAAAGAGAGAUCUAUGGCCAUAUUGGGAAUAUGCUUCGUACAAGCUGUUAAUGCUGAUAAGCACAUGUUGAAAAGUGUUCAUAAAAGAGACAGAGCAACUUUUGGCAACAAAUUUGAAUACAGAAUGGACUCAUUUGGUUGGGAAAUUCAAAUAGACAAGGAAAUGGAAGUUAUUUUGGCAAGUCCUAUCCAACGAGGCCAAGUGUCAAUUUAUCAACAUCCCCUGAGUGCAGACAAUCCUAAACUAAUAUCGAAAACACAGCCAAGGGAUGCAGUGGAUCACAAUUAUGGUUAUAGCAUAACAACUGGAAGAUUCUUUACAAAUGAAUCGUUGUUUGCAAUAAGUUCAACGUUUGGAGAUAUUGGGAUUGGAAAGGUGUUUUUCUUCAACAAGAAAUACACCAACAUUCAAACCAUAAUAAACGACCAAGUGGGUAUCAUGUUCGGUGCAGCGCUAUGUGCUCUAAGGUUGAACGUCAACCAUGAUUCGCUGCUCAUUGGUGCUCCAACAUACGCGGAGAAUAUAGAUAGUAAUGAUUCAGGAGCAGUGUAUGUUUAUGUACCCGAUUCAGACUAUAACGCUAAUAGAUUAGUUUUCAAAAAGAUAAUAAAAGCUACCGAACCCGGAGGCUAUUUUGGCAAUUCGAUCCUUAAUUUGGGUGAUAUGGAUGGGGAUGGAAAAGAUGAAGUGGCAAUAGCAGCUCCAUACGAAGACAAUGGAGCGGGCACUGUAUAUAUUUAUUCAGGCCAUUCGCUCCUCAAUCAACCAACUACCUAUCGGGUUAGAAUAAAGCCAGAAGGAUUUCGCUCGUUUGGUUUCAGUUUGACACCCGUUGAAAAUCAAGAGAACGGAUGCAAUGAUUUAUCCAUCGGAGCUCCGUACAGUAACAGCGUAUUUCUUUUGCACUGCAUGGCUUCUGUGACAGUCCAAUUAAGAGCAAUACUUCCAAGCUUUCAGUUUGCGCAUGUUGAUAAAUUGGAAAACUUUGACAUGGAAGUAUGUUUGGAUGUAACGUAUCCGGAAAGGCCAAAGGAAAUUGAUGCAGCUGUAGAAAUCAAAAUUGAAUUAUCGACUAUUUAUUCGAAGUUAAAAGAGGGAACCGACAACGGUAUUUUUUCUUACGUUGUAGCUUUAAAUAAUAAAAAACCGGUUUACUGUCGCAAACUGGGAGUGCAAGUGAAGAUACCGAAAAGUGAGUUCUUCCAAGUGAUCGAGUACAAUAUAACAGCAGCUCUUCUAAAUAGUCCCGAAGAGUACGCGAAUUACGAUCCAACUCGUGUUCUCUUGAGCGAGAGAAGUCGGUUGUCAUUACGAGGCAAGGAGUCAGUAUCGACAUGUGGAGCUGCUAAAUCUGUCUGUGUGCCUAACCUUGUGCCGAGUGUUACGUCUUCUAUGAAAUCACUCAAUUCAUCAACAUUUGAAUAUUGGCUAGGGAGUAGUGAAAGGGAAAAUUUCGCUAUUUCUUUACAAAAUAAAGGUGACCCAGCGUAUUCGUCCUGUACUCACAUACAGAUUGAAGGGGCCAAUGUUCUGACUCAUCCUCGGAGUUGUAGUAAGGACGAUACGAUCUUUAUCUGCAAACCCCGUUUACCUUUGCGGAACGGUGAUAUUUGGAACAUAGAAGAUUUUGUAUUAGAAACAGGACUAUUGAAUAGUAAGGAUAAGUACAUAAAAAUAAUCAACGAAGUGUACAGUCAUUGUGGUAACGCUUCCGAAAAACAAUAUUAUGAAAACACUGUUAUGUUGUAUCCUGACUCUAAUAUUCAGUUGAAUGGAGUAACAAAUCCCAAUGAUAUGAUUAAUACGACUGUAGACGAGUUAAAUACGAUUGAGAAGAAAUUUGAACACGUUUAUACUAUAACCAAUAGAGGUAAAACAAAUUGGGUGGGGAUGCAAAGUGAGAUUGUAUUCAAUAAUAGCUUCUACAUCGAUUUCCUCAACACUACAAUUUAUGCGUAUCCUGAAUGGGGUGCCAUUGAAUGUCCUGUAAGUGAGGGAAGUAAUUCAAAGUACGAGAACAAAUUUAUUUGCAAUAUUGGUGAUAUGAGACCGAAUCAGAAAAUAACAAUAUACAUCAGUAUCGUGACGAAAAUUGGAUCUUUUGAAGAAUCGAAUGAUGUUAAAAACAUAUCAAUAUCAACUGCGAUACAUUUGAUAGAUGUGCAAAGCUCAUGGCUAAGUAUAGGGCUCGAGACCAUAUUACUCUGUCAAACACCGUCUGUAGCUCUGUGGAUUAUUAUCCUAGCUGUUGUAUUUAGUUUGAUCUUGCUUGGUAUUAUAGCGUAUGUGCUCUAUAAGUGCGGUUUUCUGCGGCGAAAGAAAAAAGGUGAACUGAAAAUAUUGAAGAAAGAGUACCAUAGACGGAGUAUGUUACGACAAUCAAUGCGUGCUUCUAGAAUGAACGCAGGAGAUAAUGAUAUCUUGAUGCACCAUGAAGAAAAUGACCAGGAAAAUAAAGAACAUCCACAGAUUUAAAUUUAAUAAAAUAUUUAUGUAAUUGACAA